UUUCACUGAUUAAUCCUAUAUAUGAGUUGCAAGAUCGAGUUAGAUGAUCUCGUGCAUGUCUACCCAGUACGUGUACGUAAGUUCUAGUACUAGAUAGUGCUGUCGUCAGCUGCUGGCCGGCUGCGCGCGUGAGCUUGCGAUGGAUCAGGGGUCGUCGCCGGGAGCAAGAGCAAUGGCGGCCCGGUGGCUCUUGCUUCUUGUCGGUCUCGCCGCAAGCAGCAGCGUUCUUCACGUCCAUGGCCAGAUCGACAAGUUAGCUGGUUUCGUAAGCAUAGACUGUGGCCUGCCGGAGAAUGCCGCCGGCUACGUGGAUGACACGACAAAGCUGCGGUACACCGGGGAUACUGGCUUCACCGAUGCAGGCACUAACCACAACAUUUCCGCCGAGUACAUCACCCCGACGAUGGACUCGGGCUGGCACACCUUGCGUAGCUUCCCCACCGGUGUGCGCAACUGCUACACGCUCCGUCCACUCGUGUCGGCAGGGCAAAAGUAUCUCGUGCGCGCCAUGUUCAUGUAUGGAAACUACGACGGUCUUGGCGUGCCGCCCAUCUUCGACCUCCACCUCGGGGUUAACUACUGGAAGACGAUGAACAUUUCAGACCCAGGCGCGACGAUGAUGACGGAAGUCAUCGCUGUUGUCCCAGGCGGCUCCCUGCAGGUGUGCCUGGUGAACACCGGCUCUGGGACGCCGUUCAUCUCCAGCCUGAGCCUAAGGCCCCUCAAGAGUGCGCUCUACCCACAGGCUAACGCGACGCAGGGCCUGGUUCUUGCCAUCAGGUCCAGCUUUGGCGGCAAGGGUGUCAGGUACCCAGAUGAUCCUUACGACCGGUUAUGGCCCCCGUCGAGCGACCCUACAGAGUGGUCAGAGAUCUCAACAACCAAGAGUGUGAUAAAAGUCGAUGGCUUCGAAGUGCCAUCUGCUGUGAUGCAGACCGCCAUCAAGCCUCUCAACUCCUCUGCCCCCAUCCGAUUCUCCUGGAACGCGAAGCCGAACGCUUACAAUCCCAUCCCGAGGUAUAUUUGCAUGUCGUACUUCGCAGAGCUUGAGAGCAACAGCAAGGUGCGCGAGUUCUACAUCACCAUGAAUGGCAAGCUCUUGUACCCUCUCGUCAUGUCGCCACGGUACCUCGUAACCGCUGCCAUCUACAACGACAAACCGUACCAUGGCUUUGACCAGUACAACAUCUCGCUGAAUGCCACCGCGAACUCAACGCUUCCACCGAUCAUUAACGCCGUCGAGGUCUUCUUGGUCCUCCCUACCACCGGCACAGCCACGGCAACCCAGGAUGUUUCUGCCCUUACGGCGAUCAGAGCCAAGUACCGGGUGAAAAAGAACUGGAUGGGGGAUCCUUGUGUGCCGAGAAAAUUUGUGUGGGAUGGAUUGAGUUGUAGCUAUGCUGUCUCCAGCCCACCAACUGUCACAGGCUUGAACCUAUCUUCUAUGGGUCUGAGUGGCAACAUCUCGUGUUCUUUGGGGGAUCUCAGAGGAUUAGAGUACCUGGAUUUGUCACGCAAUAAUCUGACGGGCUCCAUUCCUGACAGUCUUUCACAAUCUCCGUCGCUUGCACUUCUUGAUUUGACAGGAAAUUGGCUUACCGGAGAAAUUCCUUCCAGGCUCCUGAAAAGAAGUCAAGAUGGCUUCCUAACUCUCAGAUAUGGUAACAAUCCGGACCUCUGCAGCAAUGGCAAUCCCUGUGUGCCUCCGAAGAGGAAGAGCAAUUCUAUAGUUCCCGUAUAUGUUGCCAUUCCAAUAGUUGCAAUACUGGUGAUUUUGUUGUUUUCUGUGCUGCUCAUUUGCAUGCGAAGGAGAAGGCAAGGAAGAAUAAGCAACAGUGUUAAGCCUCAGAACGAGAUGCGCUUUAUCCCAUCGCACUCUCGGAACAGAAACAAUGACAGCUCAUUACGACUUGACAAUCGCCGGUUCACGUACAAGGAACUGGAGGCCAUAACAAACAACUUCCAGCGAGUGAUCGGCCAAGGAGGGUUUGGAGAAGUCUAUGAUGGAUUCUUGGAGGAUGGCACCCAGGUGGCUGUCAAGCUUCGGUCUGAGUCAUCUGCUCAAGGUGUACAAGAGUUCCUCGUCGAGACCUUAGCUAAGAUUCAUCACAAACAUCUUGUAACCAUGGUUGGCUACUGCAACGACAAAGAACACAUGGCCCUUGUGUACGAGUACAUGUCUGAAGGAGCUCUACAUGAACAUCUUAGAGGGAGCGACAAAACUUUAACCUGGGGACAGAGACUUCGUAUUGCCUUGGAAUCUGCACAAGGGCUUGAGUAUCUACACAAGGGGUGCAAUCCACCCCUCAUUCAUAGGGAUGUGAAGACAUCCAACAUUUUGCUGAAUGCCAACCUUGAGGCCAAGAUUGCCGAUUUUGGCCUACUCAAGGCUUUCAAUCGCGAUUGUGAUACCCAUGUGUCCACAGCCAGGUUGGUCGGCACGCGUGGUUACCUUGCCCCUGAGUAUGUAGCAACAUUGCAGCUGACUAAUAAGAGCGACGUAUAUAGUUUCGGAGUAGUGCUGUUGGAAAUAGUCACGGGCCGACCUCACAUCUUGAAUGAUCCAGAACCUAUAAGCAUCACCGAGUGGGCGCAGAAAUGCCUUUCACAGGGCAACAUAGAGGGCGUGGUGGACGCACGCAUGCGGGGAGAGCACGACAUCAAUGGUGUCUGGAAAGCAGCGGACAUUGCUCUUAAGUGCACUGCACAAACACCAAUGCAACGGCCCACAAUGACCGAGGUAGUGGCGCAGCUGAAAGAGUGUCUUGAGCUUGAGACUAUGUGCCGCAGGGGUGGCAGGUCAAACGCCAUCUUUCACACAGUGGGGAGCAGCGACUCAGUCACAAGUUAUGAUGGUUACACCACUAAUCAGUCUGCUGGUGUGAGUCGUAUCAAUGUUGUAGACAUGGAUCAUUUAGGCAGGGUCCCAACCAUGACUACUGGUCCGGUUGCGAGGUGAGGAGAUGACAUGGAUAAUUUGUUCUCUCCACAUAUCCUCUACAAGUUUCCCUUUAAGAACAAGAAUUUGAUGAUGUUGUAUCAUCAAUGAAAGAGCAAAUUUGUAAUGCUACUUUAUUCUUCUAUGCAUAUCUUGCUUUAAAAUACA